UCACCUUAAAAAGCUCAUACACGACACCCCUCUGUCGACAACUGCCAUUCACUGUAGAGUGACAUAUACAAUGGAUUCCUCACUUGACAAGCGUCGAUACCAUGAUUCCGGCAACAGGUAUCGGGGCCACAAGCGCACAGAUCGCUUUCGGCGAGAUGUCCAUUCAGAACACGAUGCGUACAGAAACAGCUAUCCACAUCGCAAUCGUUCAAAAUCGCCACGCAGCCAUCCAAAUAGCAAGUAUGAACGGCGGAGAAAACAUGCAAAGCGUUCACCUGAAAAACGAUCUCAACGAGAUCGAUCAUAUGCCAGUGGAUCGUCAGGAGGCUCAGAUAAUGAUGGAGACCAGGAAUUUGAAAACGAGGAAGAAGAUCGGGAAGAUUAUAGAAAAGGAGGAUACCAUCCUAUUCAUAUAGGCGACAAGUUUAAAGAUGGCCAAUAUACAAUCAUUCGAAAAUUGGGCUGGGGUCAUUUCUCUACCGUAUGGCUAGUCAAAGACAAUAGUACAGAUCGACAUUUCGCACUGAAAGUGGUCAAAUCUGCCAAACAUUAUACCGAAACCGCAUUAGACGAGGUCAAGCUAUUGAAAACAGUGGCGGAAAAGAACCCGACUGCCAUUGGACGCCAACAUGUUACUGGAGUUUACGAUGAUUUUAUGCAUAACGGCACCAAUGGGACGCACGUUUGCAUGACAUUUGAAGUUCUUGGUGAAAACUUGCUAGCGUUAAUCAAACGGUACAAACAUCGCGGCAUACCGAUUCAUUUGGUCAAGCAAAUCGCCAAGCAAAUGCUUUACGGCUUGGAUUAUCUUCAUAGGGAGUGUCACAUCAUUCAUACGGAUCUUAAACCAGAAAAUGUUUUGAUGUGUAUAGAUAACGCAGAAGAGCUUGUACGAAAAUCAGCCGCACAAGCCGCUGCCACGAUCGAACCUGACCGAAUGGAUGAUCAUGUAAAGGAAAGACCACGAUACAGUGAUCCCGAGCGAUCUCGUGACGGUCUAAGCCGAGGACGCAGCCUCCAUCGCCAUGACCGAGUGCAAAUGAUAGCUUCUCAGCCACUCUCGUCUGACACGGAGAGUCGGGAUAGCAUGGAUCACCGCGGACGGCCCCACUCAACAAAAGGCGGCCGUUAUAGAGACCAAGCUAUUGAAGUGCCUUAUUCUUUGGACCUUAUUAAUAUCAAAAUUGCCGAUUUGGGUAACGCUUGCUGGGUCAAUCAUCACUUCACUGAAGAUAUUCAAACUCGACAAUAUCGGUCUCCGGAAGUUAUCAUUGGUGCCCCUUGGGGACCUGAAGCAGAUAUUUGGAGCUUUGCUUGCAUGAUGUUCGAAUUGAUCACUGGAGAUUACUUGUUUGACCCUCAGAAGGGAGCAAGACACAAUCGUGAUGAUGAUCACCUCGCCCAAAUGAUAGAGCUGAUAGGCGAUAUGCCCCGUUCCUUUGCGCUUUCUGGCAAGCGAAGCCAAGAGUAUUUCAAUCACCGAGGCGAGCUGAGGCACAUUAGUCGACUCCGGCAUUGGGGUCUUGCCGAUGUACUACAUGAAAAAUAUAGCAUGCGUAAGGAACAAGCGCAAGACAUUGCCAGCUUUCUACUACCCAUGCUUCGAUAUGAACAUCGUGCCAGUGCUCAAGAAAUGCUGGACCAUGCGUGGCUGAGAGCGUAAACCUCCAUGGGCUGUGUUUGAUAUUGGGGACCCAACGUAAUUUCAGUGACUGGUCAUCGGCGAAGCAACAAUCGUAGCUCCAUUUUUUCC